AUGGUGAAGAUCUGCUGCAUCGGCGCCGGCUACGUCGGCGGCCCGUCCAUGGCCGUGAUGGCGCUCAAAUGCCCGGCCAUCGAGGUCGCCGUCGUGGACGGGUCCCGGCCACGCAUCGACGCCUGGAACAGCGACCGCCUCCCGGUCCUGGAGCCGGGCCUGGACGCCGUCGUCAGGGCCUGCCGCGGCCGCAACCUCACCUUCAGCGCCGACGUGGACCGCCACGUGGCCGACGCCGACAUCGUCUUCGUGUCCGUCAACACGCCCACCAAGGCGCGCGGUCUCGGUGCCGGCAGGGCGCCCGACCUCGCCUACUGGGAGAGCGCGGCGCGCGUGGUCGCCGCCGCCGCGUCCCGCUCCCGCCCUGGCACGGGCAAGAUCGUCGUUGAGAAGUCCGCCGUCCCCGUCAGGACCGCUGAGGCCAUGGAGAGGAUCCUCCAGGCGCACGUCACCGGAAGCGGCGUCGGCGGAGGCUCGUUCCAGGUCCUCUCGAAUCCGGAGUUCUUCUCCGAGGGCACGGCCGUGCGGGACCUGCUGUGCCCCGACCGCGUGGUCAUCGGCGGCCGUGACACCGACGCGGGCGCCGUGCGCGCGCUGGCGGACGUGUACGCGCACUGGGUCCCCGAGGACCGGAUCGUCACCACGGGGCUCCGGUCCGCGGAGCUCACCAAGCUCGCGGCGAGCGCGCUCCUCGCGCAGCGGGUGUCGUCGGUGAACGCGCUCUCGGCGCUGUGCGAGGCCACGGGGGCCGACAUCUCGGACGUCGCGCGCGCCGUCGGCAGCGACGGCCGCGUCGGCUGCGGCAUGUGGUUCCUGGACGCCGGCGUCGGGUUCGGCGGGCCGAGUCUCCGGCGGGACGUGCUGAGCCUGGCGUACGCCUGUGAGGGCCACGGCCUGCACGAGGCGGCGGAGUACUGGCGGCAGGUGGUGGCCGUGAACGAGUACCAGAAGGGCCGGUUCGUGCGCCGCGUGGUGGCGUCCAUGCUCGGCACGGUGGCCGGCAAGAAGGUGGCCGUGCUGGGGCUCGUGUUCAAGAAGGGCGUGCGCGACACGAGGGAGUCGCCGGCGGUGGACGUGUGCCGGGGCCUGCUGGCCGACGGGGCCCGCGUCAGCGUGUACGACCCGGUGGUGGGCGAGACGCAGAUACGGAUGGACACGGCGGCGGUGGAGGUGGAGGUGGAGGUGGCGAGGGACGCGUACGAGGCCGCCGACGGCGCGCACGGCCUCUGCGUGCUGACGGAGUGGGACGAGUUCAGGACGCUGGACUACCACCGGGUAUUCGACGGCAUGAUGAGGCCGGCGUUCGUCUUCGAUGGCCGCAACGUUGUCGAUGCCGGGGAGCUCAGGGAGAUCGGCUUCGUCGUCUACGCCGUCGGCAAGCCGCAGGACGCCUGGCUCAACGGCAUGCCGGCGGUGGCGUAG